GGUAGCCUCCUCGAAGUCUCGCGGUGUUUCCGCUUUUAUCGACGGAGAGGAAGAAUCGCGGAAGAGGAGAAAGCUUUCCUGACGGCUCAGCAGGCUAACAAGCUAACAAAGAUAAUUAUCUGUUUAACAGCCAGUUUUAUCUCGUUUACAGGCCAGAUAGACACCCGGACCGAAGUAUCAAGAUGACAGCCGCACCUUACAACUACUCCUACAUCUUCAAAUACAUCAUCAUCGGUGAUAUGGGAGUAGGGAAGUCUUGUCUGCUGCACCAGUUCACAGAGAAGAAAUUCAUGGCGGACUGCCCUCACACCAUCGGGGUGGAGUUUGGGACGAGGAUCAUGGAGGUCCACGGUCAGAAGGUGAAGCUGCAGAUCUGGGACACAGCCGGUCAGGAACGGUUCAGGGCCGUCACCAGGUCCUACUACAGAGGGGCCGCCGGGGCCCUCAUGGUCUAUGACAUCACCAGGAGAAGCACUUAUAACCACUUGAGCAGCUGGUUGACUGACGCCAGAAACCUGACCAACCCAAACACAGUGAUCAUUCUGAUUGGUAACAAGGCCGACCUGGAAGCUCAGAGAGACGUGACGUAUGAGGAGGCCAAACAGUUUGCUGAAGAGAAUGGUUUGCUGUUUCUAGAGGCCAGUGCCAAGACAGGGGAGAAUGUGGAAGAGGCCUUCCUUGAGGCGGCAAAGAGGAUUUACCAGAACAUCCAGGACGGCAGUCUGGACCUGAAUGCUGCUGAGUCAGGAGUUCAGCAUAAACCGUCGGCGCCGCAGGGAGGCCGCCUCAACGCCGACAGCCAGCCGGCCAAAGAAGGCUGCAGCUGCUAACCACAGACAGAAACUACAGACCCGACAGACAGACGGACGGACAGAGACACAGACAGAUUCACAGAGAACCCCUCUCCACCCAGCAGUAAAAUGCUUCUUCUAUCCAGAGUGUGUCGAACAGGAUUUAGCUGGAUUACAUCGAAUUAUUGCAGUGAUCCAGUCCAACCACCUGUAGUCAAAUCCAGACCUCAGUUCAGUCUGGAUCCCUAAAGCCAGAACCAACCAUCCUCAACCAUUAAGUGGGUAAAUAAGGACACCCUCAGAUACACCCAGAAACCCACAACUAUCCAAACGUCUGUGGUCUCAUUCCAGCUCACUCACUUUGGCAAAAUCCAGACCGCCUUCAGCCUACAUCCUGGCGCACUUAGCCCAAACUAGGCCAAUCCGGACCAUUCUCAACCCAUAAUAGGACAGCCCUUUUUCCAAGACUUGACUACCCUCAGGUUCCUGUCCAAAUCUGCAGCACUGUUGGCCUGACUCAAGCAACAACUUUUUAAAUUUUUAAAAAACUUCAUCCCGAAAGUGAAACACUCACAUGUCCCCAGAGACAAAUUAAGAUGCAAGGUCCAAUUUUGGCCAACCUACAGCCCAAAUCUGGACUACACCAAAUUCGGUUCACCCCAGUUCCAAAUCUGGACCUUGCAAUGGACAGAUCCAGAGCCCAACAGUCAAUGUUUUCAGCCCACAUUCAGGCAUUCCUGGCCAAAUCUAGGCCAAUCCAGACUGUUCCAGCCGCUUUAACAAGACUAAAGUAUCCUCAGACCUUGUUUCUCCAUACCUGUGGCGCUAUUGGCCUGAUUGAAGAAACACUAGCCUCAAAUUUGGACAACCCAUGUGCAAAACACCCAUGUGCAAAAGGCCAAAUAAAGAUACAAGGCUCAUAAGCAUAAGCUCAAUCUGGACUGUGCUUGGUCUGAUUCAAGACCACCUUCAUCCCAGAUCAUGGCAUGUCCCAGAAGUGAAGCAUUAUAAGCCCAGAAUCGGACAGGCCCAAGCCCAGCGCCAGAAAUCCCCUUUUUAAAGACUGGACUAAUCUCUUGACCCUUUCCUUGCCCACUCUGUAGCGUGAUCAUCCUGACACAAGCAAGGUAGUCUACAUUUUGGACUACCCUCAUUCCAAACACCCAUGCCCCAAGGGACAAAUAAAGAUACAAGGCUCAAAUUCGGACCAAUGUGCAGCCCAAAUCUGGAUUACACUACUCCAAAAUUUGGAUCAUCCUUGUUCUAAAUCUGGACCAGGACAGAUAGACAGAUCCAGAGCCCACAUUUGGGCUUACUGGCCCCAAACUGAGGCCAAUCCAGACUGUUGUAAACCCAGAGAAGAACAGCUUUUAGCACUUCACCAAGGCAACCCUUUUCUCAAGAUUGGACUACCUUUCAGAUCCUGUCUCUUCCAAGUCUGUAGCUCUGUUGGUGUGACUUGAGCAAGAACUGUUUAAAUUUGGGUCUACCCUAAUACCGAUUGCGAAACACCCACACAUCCCCAGAGAAAAAUAAAAAUAUGGCACAGUUUCGGACCAACCUACAGCCUAAAUAUCCACUACACUUGACAAAAUUCACAUCAACCUAGCUCCAAAUCUGUCGGCCUGACUUAAGCAAGGGUAGACCACAUUAGGAGCUACCCUCCCUCGUCCCAGAUGCGAUACACCAGUUUCCCUAGAGACAAAUUAAAGAUACGAGGCUCAAUGUCAAACUAAUCUAUAGGCCACAUCUGGACUAUACUUCGCCAAAAUACAGACCAUGCUUGUUCCAAAUCAGGACAUCCAGAGCCUCAAUUCAGCUGGUCUGCCCUUGGUCCAAAUUAAGGACCACUUUGUAUCAGAUCUCCAAAUCUAGACCUUAUGGUCCAGUUUAGACUAACCUCUGCUAUGAAUCUAGAUCGUCCUUGCCACCAAUUCUGACACACACUCUUUGAUUUUGUAUUUAUAUUCCUACACGUCCUACAUCUGACCCCCCCCCCCCCCCCCCCCCCACCCACCCCUUCGCCUCAGGAAACCUGUCGUUCAUUCAUUCUUUUCAUCACAGAAAACAUCUCUUCCUCUGCUCCAGUUCGUGUCAGCUCCUCGUUUUACUCCUUGUUUAUUUGUUCCUUUAGUGGUUGUAGGUGGAUCGCAAACUCAUUGCAUUUACACCAUGUUGUUCAUGUGGGUCAGACAAAGCAUUUACGCUGUUGUUGAUGUGGAUUGGAGACUCUGAAACUUGGCAACUGUUAAAACUGUUGUUUGUGUGGCUGAAUGUGUCUCAGAGGAGGUCUGGAGACAUUUCACCUGUAUUCAGACCUGGAGCUGAUGAUGUAAAUUUACUGGUGUUUGACUUUAGUCCAGUCAUCUCAAAUGCAGGUUAAAGGGGCACUCCACUGAAGAUCAGUUUACUCAUCACGGUUAAUACUACUAAGCCUCUGAUAAUAGUUCUGUAACAGCGUCUUAAGUCUGCAGGAAUAACCCCAAGAAUGUAAUUUGGCUUGGGCUCAAAGUCUAUCUGUAACAGGGGGUUUAGAGUUUGAAAGACGUUGGCCUUCAUCUGACAGGGUGAGCAUAACAAAAGCGAUUAUUGAGUUGAUUUAUGAAAAUUGCAGGAUUCAGGGUUUUGGAGCUUGGCCCUUACUAGGGGCUAAAAGUCAGGAAAUCUCUGCUUCUGCUGCUUUACUUUAUAGGAGUGCAAUAUUCGAAGCCUUAAUAUGCUUCAAAUUAACUAAUUCAUAUGAUGUUUCAUCCGGCUACGUCUAAAUCCCUGGAGUACCCCUUUAACCUCAUGUACCCCUAAUCUGAGGAAUAGCUGAACCUGACAAGCAUUAAUUAUUUUUCCAAAAUAGGAUAAUUCGAUAGUCUCAAAGGGACCCAAGGACAGUCGGACACUGUCUGGUCUGAUCAUUUAUCAGGAACUGAGCGCAUCCUUGAAAACCUCUAACACACUCACAUUGAUAGACAGGAUCCCGAAACCCACCAUCCCCACAACUCAACACUUUUUUAAAAGUCUAAACUAUUUUAAUCAACAUUUUAAUUUCUCCAUUGAAGGCAACAUCAAUAGUUAUUGAUAGUUCUGUGGAGAGAUGAAGCAAAGAUUGAUGGAGAUGAUGAAGAAAACAAAAUUUGACUUACCUGGACUGGAUUUCACUAGUGGUCCCUCAGUGGAUCUCAAGUUCAGGAUAGAUUUUUAAUAAUUUUUUUCUUUUUCUUAUUCACAUUAUUUUUUAAAUAUGGUUUCCAAAUAUAUAUAUAUAGACGGUAUAUUUUCAAUGUCACAGCUCCCCUUAGUGGUAACUGAUGUGAAUUUAGAGGAAGAAAAAUGGCAUAAAUGGAAGCAAAAUGGAUUCUUUUUAAUUUAUUACUGCCUGAUUUUGUUUUAUGUUUUUGUUUUUUUACAUUAGUCUGAGAUUACACUUAACGUGAAUGCAUUACUCUGGUUUAUUGUAGAAACUAAACUAAUCAUUGGUUAGUUCUGCAAAAGGUAGGGGCAUAAAAAUAUCUUAAAGGUGCAAGAUGUAAGAAUUUUAGUUUGAAACAUUCAAAAAGAAAUAACAGUUUUGACGGUUCGUCAAAGAUUUCUAUGUAUUGUGUUGCAGAGAUAUCUACUGAAGUUAGCAUGCUAACCAGCUAGCCCCGGCCCAUCCGGUCUCGUAAUACCACUUAGUACCUCAAGAGACGAUAGUGAGUCACUGUAGUGUCCAGUCUGCCCGCAGUCCAACAUGAGAGGAAGAAGUAGCAGCACGUCGUCUUCUAGCUUCGAUAUAUUCACACAAACGUUAGCUCAACGUUAGCACUGAACUGAUAUUUCUAUCAUACUUAGUCAAAGUCCUAGAUACCUAUUUGCUAGCUAACAGAGCACUAGCGUAGCGUAACAUAACAGACGCCCAAACUUUCUGGUGAUAUGCUGCCUCCAAUUGUUUUGGAGUGUGAAGUAUGAAUUCAACAGUUCUUACAUAUUGCACCUUUAAAGGAACUCUGACAUUGUUUAAAACUAUGCCCUCCAACAAAAGUUACUCUUCCUUUAACUGUGAUUCAGUUUAAGUCAAAAUGCUCGAGCCUUGAUAUCCUGAAGUGCGUCAAAGUUUCCUCUGACUGUAACUCAUCAGCUGCAUUUUAAAUAUAAAACAGUAUCAUGGUGUGUAGAAUGAGACCUCUGCAUUAUAUGAACCACUUCUCUCAAACUAACUGCGGCAGUCUGUAAAAUUUUGUUCUUAAAAAAAUCAUUCCAGCGUUAACUUCAGAACACAAACUCCUGCAAAAAUGUAGCUUAACUUUAUUUUACACUUUUGAAAAUAGUUAAAAACUGCAUUAAUUUAUAUUUGGUCAGUAGGAGAAAGAAAAACAUCAGAACAGAUAAACUGGAUGUAUGACGUGUAAUGUUUGACAUUACUUAGUGAAUUCAUGCAGUGUCACCAUAAAAGAAAUAUUGAUUAUUGCAGCCUUAACUUGAUAUCAUUCUGCUCUCUGAUGAAUGAAAGUCAGAUUCACACUAAACAGAUCAGUCGGUGUCUCACGCAGCGAAAACACACCGAAAAAAAAAGGAGACAAUGCUGCUUAAAGGUGCAGCGUGUCGGGUUUAGUGGCAUCUAGUGGUGAAGCUGCAGAUUGCAACCAACUGAAUACCAGAAUACUAGAGCCGGUGUUUAGUUUGUCCGCUCUGGGCUACUGUAGAAACAUGGCGGCCUCCUCCCUCUGUAGAUAUAAAGGCUCAUUCUAAGGUAACGAAAACAC